AUUGGACAGAUGCGUGUGCUGAAAUUGGAGCGCCGCCUUUCCCUCAGCUAUUAGUAUCUCCCUUUCGAUUUGAUACAAGAGGUGUCAAUCUAUUUCUAAUCAGCCAAUAGGAACGUGGGGUGGUUUUCCUAACCCAGCGGAAAGGGGCGGGGCUAGUUUUUUUCCAAGGUGCUUGGAGAAAUGUUCUCAUGUUUGGAAUCUAUGCUGUGUAAGGGAAGAUGUCCAGAAUCGUGAGCGGAUUAUAAAAAGCAAAUGGAAAACUGGGUUCGAGAAGGAAGACACCCCUUCCGUGACACACUGCCUGCCGUGAUAUCGAUGCCUGCAACCAGGAUAAACCUUUGGGAAAUACCGGACCUGUAAAUGCCAACGUUUUUUUUUUCUUUUUUGUCCUGUGUGUGUGUGUGUGUGUGCAGGUCUUCAAAACAACAGCUUAUUCCAUUGACCUGCGGAUUUCAUACCCGAAGCAAGUUAUAAACACAGGCGAGGAAGAAUUGAGUUUCUGCUGUAUAAAUUCUCCGGAUGGAACGGUCUCCGAGAUGCAGAGAUAACAGUACUGUUGGCUUGGGAGCAUUACCUGUGUGGAUCUGAUAUUAGCCUACCCACGCCACCCCUCCCCACCAAUCGCUAUUAUUAUUAUUAUUAUUAUUAUUAUUAUUAUUAUUAUUAUUAUUAUUAUUAUUAUUAUUAUUUGCUAAAGAAGAAAAAAACAAAGCAAAAUAAUCAUGACAUCACCGGCUAAAUUCCGAAAAGAGAAGGAGAUCAUUGCUGAAUAUGAAACUCAAGUCAAAGAGAUCCGUGCCCAGCUGCUGGAGCAGUUAAAGUGCCUGGACCAGCAGUGCGAGCUCCGGGUGCAGCUGCUACAGGAUCUGCAGGACUUCUUCCGCAAGAAGGCCGAGAUCGAGAUGGACUACUCUCGCAACCUGGAGAAGCUGGCCGAGCGCUUCCUCACCAAGACCCGCAGCACCAAGGACCACCAGUUCAAGAAGGAUCAGAACGUGCUGUCUCCGUUGAACUGCUGGAACCUGCUGCUGAGCCAGGUGAAGAGAGAGAGCAGAGAUCACGCCACGCUCAGCGACCUCUACCUCAACAACAUCAUCCCCCGCUUCGUCCAGGUCAGCGAGGACUCCGGACGCCUCUUCAAGAAGAGUAAAGAGGUGGGGCUGCAGCUGCAAGAGGACUUGAUGAAGGUUCUCAAUGAGCUUUACACGGUGAUGAAGACGUACCACAUGUACAACACAGACAGCGUGAACGCGGAGAGCAAGCUGAAGGAGGCUGAGAAGCAGGAGGAGAAGCAGAUCAGCCGCUCGGUGCGCCAGGAGGACAAGCAGACCCCGCGCUCACCCGACGCCCUCACCAACAUUAAGAUCGAUGAGAAGCAUGUGCGCCGCAGCUCCGUCAAGAAGAUCGAGAAGAUGAAGGAGAAGCGCCAAGCCAAAUACACUGAAAACAAGCUGAAGGCAAUCAAAGCCAGGAAUGAGUACCUGCUAGCUCUGGAGGCAACAAACUGCUGUGUCUUCAAAUACUACAUCCACGAUAUCUCCGAUCUUAUUGAUUGCUGUGACCUGGGCUAUCACGCCAGUCUGAACCGCGCUCUGCGGACCUACCUCUCUGCGGAGUUCAACCUGGCGCAGUCGAAGCACGAGGGCCUGGAGACCAUCGACAACGCUGCUGAGAACCUGGAGGCCAACAGCGACAAGCAGCGGCUCAUGGAGAUGUACAACAGCGUCUUCUGCCCCCCCAUGAGGUUCGACUUCCAGUCCCACAUGGGCGACACGGUGGGGUACAUGUGCGCUCAGCAGCCCGUGCAGGGCGAGCUGCUCCAGAGGUGUCAACAGCUGCAGUCCCGGCUCUCCACACUCAACAUUGAAAACGAGGAGGUGAAGAAGACCAUGGAGGCGACCCUGCAGACCAUCCAGGACAUUGUGACGAUCGAGGACUUCGACGUGUCUGACUGCUUCCAGUACAGCAACUCCAUGGAGUCGGUCAAAUCCACCGUGUCGGAGACCUUCAUGAGCAAACCCAGCAUCGCCAAGAGGAGAGCGAACCAGCAGGAGACUGAGCAGUUCUACUUCACGAAACUGAAGGAGUACCUAGAAGGCAGGAACCUGAUCACCAAACUCCAAGCCAAACACGACCUGAUUGAGAAGACACUGGGGGAGAGCCAAAGGACUGAUUGCUCCCUUGCCAGUGGAAGGAGGAACUCAUCUGUGCGGAAGCAGGAUGCAAGCCAAGUUAUUCCCCUGAUGGUUGAAAGCUGUAUAAGAUUCAUCAGCCGACAUGGCCUGCAGCAUGAAGGCAUUUUCAGAGUGUCUGGAUCACAAGUGGAGGUCAAUGACAUUAAGAACUCGUUUGAGAGAGGCGAGGAUCCGCUUGCAGGAGACCAGAAUGACCACGACAUGGACUCCAUCGCAGGAGUGCUCAAGCUCUACUUCCGAGGCCUGGAGAACACGCUCUUUCCCAAGGAAGUCUUUCAGGACCUCAUUGCCGGAGUGUCGAUGGAGAACCUCCAGGAGAGAGCUCUGCACAUCCGGAAGGUCCUGCUGCUGCUGCCCAAACACACCCUGAUCAUCAUGAGAUACCUGUUUGCGUUCCUCAGCCACCUGUCUCAGUACAGCGAUGACAACAUGAUGGACCCUUACAACCUGGCUAUUUGCUUCGGCCCCACGCUGAUGUCGGUCCCCGAGUGCCACGACCAGGUCACCUCCCAGGCGCACGUAAACGAGCUGAUCAAAACCAUCAUCAUCCACCACGAGACCAUCUUCCCUGGGCCCAGGGAGCUGGAGGGCCCUGUGUACGAGUGCGGAGUCACCGCUGAGGAGUACUGUGACAGCCCCCACAGCGACCCUCCAUUGGCAGAAGACUCCGUGCAAGAUAUCGUCAGCGAACAUCACAACAGCGAGGACGGGUCCUUGCUCCUUUCAGAGUCUGAGUCCAUCGAAGCCAUUGCCAGGUUCGACUACGGGGGCCGCACAGCUCGGGAGCUGUCCUUCAAGAAGGGGGCCUCGCUGCUGCUCUACCAUCGCGCCUCUGACGACUGGUGGGAGGGGCGUCACAAUGGCGUGGACGGGCUGGUGCCACACCAGUACAUCGUGGUGCAGGACACGGAGGACGGUUUGUCCGAGAGGGCCAGUCCCAAAUCGGAACUGGAAGCUGCGCCGGACGGAGCACACUCGGAGGAGAAGGUGUCCACUAGGGUCAGUGUCAGCUCUCCCACUGGGGGCCACGUGGCGGAUAUCUACCUAGCGAACCUCAACAAACUAAGGAAGCGCCCCGAGUCUGCAAGCAUCAGGAGGACCUUCCGGCCCAGCGAGGGCCACGGUCCAGGGGAUGGGCCGCCAGGGGCCAUGGCUAGUCCUAGAGCCACCUCCAUGCCAGUGGGCAGCCUGCCGAAAGAGGGUCCGGAGAAACGGCCAGUCAGCGCCCAUGGGGGCCUCAACUCCAUCACCCGGCACUCCUCCCUCAAGACCAAGGUGGAGAGCCCGCAGUUACGCAAAGCAGCCACCGCGGGGCGCUCCAAGAGCUUCAGCAACCACCGGCCGCUGGACCCUGAAGUCAUUGCCCAGGUAGAGCACAGCUCACAGGACAUCGAGGCGACGAUGAACACAGCCCUGAACGAGCUGCGUGAGCUGGAGAGGCAGAGCAGCGUGAAGCACGCUCCCGACGUGGUGCUGGACACACUGGAGCCCUUGAAGACCUCUCCCUCCCUGCUGGGACCCACCUCUGAGCCCUCCAGCCCCCUCCACUCCCGCCUGCUCAAGGACUCGGACUUGCACCCCCUGCAGCGCAGUGCCAGCUCAGCCAGCGACGUGCCCAGCUCUUUCCGCCCUUCCAAGACUUCUGCCAAGGCCGCCGCACCCCCGCGAGAGGCCAGACCCCCGGUCACCCGGCCCAAACCCAUGGUGUACCACAAGACGAACUCCGCCGGCCCUGGCAUGGGCUCUCCCACCUCCACCACCCCCCCGACACCCCCGCCACCCCCUCCCCCCACGGAUAAAUCAUGCAUAGUGUGAGGCAUGAACCAGCCUGGAGGCAGUGUUGGAAAAGGGGGAGAGGAUUUGAACCCUGGGACCGCGGGGGCUUGAGAGAGAGAGAGAAGCCCAUAUGGCGCUACCUAAUUUCUUAAAUCUAAUAAUAAUAACAAAUAAUAAUUCUGUGUAAAUUAGUUGAGCGCCUCUUUUGCUGCAGUUGUCUAGCUCAGAUGAAGUGGGAACUGCCUCCAUUUCAGGAUUAUUUGUCCUUUUUUUUUGUUUUUUUGCUUUUUUUUCUCUGCCUUUCCACUUUCAUCAGAAUUAUCUGCCAUGGUCAGGAUAAAGAAACUCAAAAAAGGAGUUUGGACAACUCUCAGAUUAACCCAGCAGCAGCAAAGUCUACAAAAACAAUCCACGGGUUCUGAUUGCUGUUGUGAAAAUGGACCACCAAAAGGGAUUUGUUACUGCAGUUUGAGUGGGGAGAGAGUGGAGUCUUAAAAAAAUAAUUAAAAAAAUAAGAGAAACAGCUCCAUCUAAUACAAAGGUAAAAAAAUGCUCUUUCUUGAUUUUGGAGGACUCUUGGACAUUAAAAAAUAAAAGAAAAGUGUGUGCUUUUUAAAGUUUUUUUUUUAUUAUAAAUAAACCUGUACCUAUUUAAACAUUAAUGGGGUCAGGUGUACGUAGUGAAGUGUUGCAUUGGAACUUAACACAGCGGGGGAAAGAAACACACACGCUUGUGCCAAACGAUAUACCCCUCCCCUUCCAAAGCAUAUUGACCUGCAAAAGGAGUGCAGGAGUCAAGCAACUUUGAGGAUCCACGCACUGUUGACAGGCAUUGGUGACUUAGCUUAUUUUAAUUUAGCAUAUUCAGUGGUGGGUCUACCUGUGUAAUGAUCUUCAAUCAGUGGACUCCAGGCUGGGGUCCCUCUUGUGUAAAGUAUAGGCUCUGGGUCUGCAGGACUGAACAUGUUUGUUAUUAAUACUCUACAUCCUGUAUGAAUUGUGAUUUUCGCUUGAGCUGUCAUGCUGUGAACUUAGCGCUCCUGCAGUGCAGCACAAAUUGGUUUUGCCAGACGUGUCCGUCCUCUAAUGUUUGUAAAGGGAGUUCGAAAGGCAGUUUGAGAGAGCAUGCGUGAAAAUGGAAAAAUAAAUAAAUCCAUUAGAUCUUCCAGAAAAAAAAGAAGAAAAAACGGUUGCCUCUCAUAACAACAAAUUGCUUUUGUAUCUUUGUGAACGUAUAUCUUUAAAGUACUUUUUUUUUUUUUUUUGGUAGAGACAGGCAGUAAUCGUGCUGAUAACUGGAAUAAUGUGAUGUACUUCAAUGUCACAAAGUGUAACAUUCAUCCUACAAUAACUGCAUUGAAUAGGGCCAAAGUAUAUAAACCCAUGCUUUAUCAUAUUUAUUGUAAGGGUUCAUGCAAGUUAUGAUUUAUGAUUCUCUCAUAAAUGUGUGUGUGUGUAUAUAUAUGUAUAUAUAUAUAUAUAUAUAUAUAUCUAUAUAUAUAUAUAUAUAUAUAUCUCUAUAAAAGCAUUCGGAAGACUGUUUUCAUAGAAAAUGUGUAUUUUGCAAUUUUCAACUGAUUCUGCUGGGAAGAAUGUGAAGGUGUUGAUCUUUCACCUUUUGACCUUUAGCACAGUAGCCUAUCAGGAGGCAAUGAAAACAGAGCGCUGAUGACAUCAUUUUUUUUGCCUCCCCAGGGUGAUCAUUAGACCUUGAAAAGGACUACAAGAACUUAAAAAAUAAUAAUAAAAUAAAAAAAAAACAUCCAAACUGUCACGCAACAAUAUAACCACGUAUAGAGCAGUGUUCAUUUUGGUGGGGAAAUAACAUUGCAAUAAAAUCACUUUCCUUAAGGCUAACAUUGGCAGUAAUACAGUAAUACAUUUUUUUAAUACCGCUUACAAUAAACCAUAGUUAAAUAUUCAGACCCCAGAAGGGGGUUUCAAGCCACAGCUAAUGAACCAGUUUAUCUUCUCACUGUACGCAGAUCUGCAGCUGUGUAUGCUGUAAGUGUGUUACUGAGGUGAUAAACAACCACUAUGUACAGUCUGAGUUUCUGAAAUCUGAGAUCUGUUGUGUUUUUUUCCCUCUGCUAUUUACAGGAAACUAAUGGAGAAGUAAAUCAGUUUACAAUGUAAUCUCAUUGUCAAACAUUUGUUCCAAGCAAUAUAAUAUAGUUACUGUGUUAGUUACUGCUCAGGACUGGAAACCAGGGAAUGGGAAUUUGAAGUUUUGUCUUUUAUAUGGUCUAAUUAUUUUUCUGAUCCUAAAAUGGUCUAAUUAAAGAGUAAAGUAUAUGGAUCAUAAAGGUAUAGAAUGGUUCAGUUAACAGGAAUCAUUAAAAUAUAUCUCGUGGUGGCUGAGCUCCUGUCUAGAAAGCAACAGCAAUAAAAUGGUCUCAAUCUGUGAAGCCUCCCUCACCAACCUUCAACCCAAAGUUUACUUUAAGUUAAUUAUGUUCUUAGUGAUUUUCAAGGGACCACUAGAGGGCAGUACAAAAAAAAGACGGUAUUUCUGAUAAGGUUCACUGCUGGAGGGAUCAGCAAUUCACGAUUGAUUCCGGUGCUAAAGGGAUUAAAACUUAGACCAUUAAUGAUGUCAUCGUUGCCACCGCUUCCCUCUCCUCUCAACACCACCCUUGUGGAAUUAGCUUUCCCCUACUACCUGGUCCCUCAUGGCCUGAGACUGCAACAAUAGGCUGUGUAGCUCAAACACAGACCUAUCCUGAGGAUUUGCAAUGAGGAAAACCAUACAGGGUAGUAAUAACACAGCUGCUUUAGAUUGCAUCCAGGGACAGUUGAAUGAGAUUCCUCUCUAAGCUGUAGCAGGUUUCCAAUCCCAAAGCCUAAGUCAGGAUUCAAUGAGAAAAUACAGCACUGCUCUAUGACCAGUGUUGUGUCUGUUCUUUGGCGCUGUGCAGUCAAUCUUCCAGACAGAAGGGGAGACGCUCUGAAAGCCUCACCUGCCCCACUGAUUUGUCUCCGGCAGUGUACUUCUGUACUAUUUACAUCCAAAAGCGUACCUGAUGCACUAGGGUCCUAAGAGAUUUUGUUUUGUUAUACAGACAUCGCAGACAGGCAUAUCUCCUCCCUACAUGAGCAGCAUUUGCUAAGUCAUUAAAUACCUAGAGAACCUGGAAAUAACACUGCUUGUUUGUGUGGUUGUUCUUUUGAAUGGAAUUCACACUAAGUACCCAAUCGGCCUGUUUGUGUGCAUCAUUGCAGAAAUCAUACAUUAGGAGAAAUGUAGCGGGUUCAAAUGCGUUCCAUGUGUGACGUUCACCCCAACCUUAAUGAAACUGGAUUACUGGUAUUCUCUGUUCAUUUAAGAUGUAAGAAGUAAGCAUUAACUAUUAAUACAUGUGGCGCAAAAGCAAAGCCUUUUUUUUUUUUUUUUUUUUUUUUGUUUUGUUGCUCGAAGCUGUACCUAGUACUGUUGUCAUGCCAACACUUCCAGCUUUCCAAUCUGCAUUCAGUUCCCAUAAUGCACUUGAAAUGUCCAUUGUGCGCUUGUGUACCGGUUGAGUGGGACCUUUUUUUUCUUAUUGGUAGUUCUUGUCUUAAAAAAAAUAAAUAUAUACAAAAAUAGACUGUAAUGUCAAUAUAUUUAUAGUUGUCCAUUCAAAUGUCUAUAUAUUACAUGAAUAAACCUGUGUUCAAAUGUACUUGUAUAUACAAUGUUGUACAUUACAGAGGUACAUUAUUCUUUUGGGUACAAAGCAAUAGAAGUUUAGUCUUAAGAUAAACCUUAUAUGAGUAUAUGUGUAGUUCUUGUAGUAAACCUUUUUUUUUUUUUAAAUAAACAUUGCUUGCUAUAGAUA